AUGAAUCCCCUUGUGGGUCACCUCCUCUGUUCUUCCCAUGGUUCUGAAGACAUCCAUAGAUCUAGGCCUCUUCAACAUCCUAUCCGAAUCUGGCCCUUCUUCUCCCCUCUCUGCUUCUCAGAUCAUGUCUCUCUUGUCUACUCAAACACAAAACACCAUGAUUCAACCUUACUCAAUCGGAUUCUUCAAUGUCUAGCGAGCUAUUCCAUACUCACGUGCUCUGUUUCCACUGACCAAGGCGAGCCACGUGAGGUCUACGGCUUAGCUCCUGUUGCCAAGUACUUCACCAGCAACCGAGGCUCAGGAGGCUUGUUGGCUCCGAUGGUUAAUCUUUUUCAAGACAGGGUCGUGACUGACAUCUGGUACAACCUUAAAGAUUCUGUUCUUGAAGGAGGACUUCCAUUAAACAAGGCUCAUGGUUCGAGCGCUGUCGAACUGGUAGGCAGAGAUUCAAGAUUCAGAGAAGUGUUCCAAAGCUCCAUAAAAGGUUUCAAUGAAGUUUUCAUGGAAGAAGUUGUGAAUAAGUACAAGGGUUUUGAUGGUGUGAAGUCAUUGGUUAAUGUUGGUGGUGGAGAUGGCUCUAUUCUCCGUAAAAUAAUCUCCAAGCAUCAUCACAUCAUCAAAGCUAUUAACUUUGACUUUCCUCUGUUAUCAACACUUCACCAGUUUCUCCAGGUAUGUAUAAUACAAGUUCUUGCAAAUAUUCUGUUGCAUGGUGAAAUGAUAUUGUGGGUUUUAGGCACUGAGAAUGUUGCUGGAGACAUGUUUACAAGCAUUCCUAAAGGAGAAGCCGUUUUCAUGAAGAUACUCAGAAACUGUCAUCAAUCGCUACCGGCAAAUGGUAAGGUGAUUGUGAUCAAUAUGGUAAUCUCGAAUUUUCCUGGAGAUAUACUUUUAGACAGAAGCUUGUUUCAGUUUGAGAUGUUCAUGACGAGCAUAAACCUAUCUGGAAAAGAAAGAACAAAGAAAGAGUUUGAGGUAUUAGCUUGCCUCGCUGGAUUUUAUAGUGGUCAAGUUCCAUUUACAUCUCUUUGUUUCUCUGUUGUUGAAUUCCACAAGAGUGCGUGA